UGGGUAGGAGCGAUCUUGGAGACACCCACUGAGACCAGGACACUCACCAGGACACUCUGCGGAGCCUCAGAACCCACAGUCUCUCCACAGCCAUGAAGGUGACGCUGUGCCUCGGGCUCAUCCUCGCCCUCUCAGUAGCCUCCUGUCUGUGCCGGCCAGCAGCAGAGGCACCAGGGGCCAUGGGGGACCCCCACCAGCACGCCCCCAGCCUGGUCCGGAGGGACUGGCCAGAGUACCUGUCCCAGGAGCAGCAGCACCUCUUGUCCCAGUUCCUGCCCCACGUCCUCACAGACCUGAACAAACACAAGGCCUUUGUGCACGAGGACGAGGGGAUGGAGGCUUUGCACGACCACUACUACCCUGACUGGAUGGACUUCGGCCGUCGCAGUGCUGAGGACGAGGCUGGUGCUGCAUAGCUGCUGGGCUGGACUGGCCACACAGAGCACUGAUGCACUCAGUGCAUGUCCUUUCCCACAAUAAAACUCUGGCACUAUG